GGGAAUGAUGGGAUAUUAUCCAAAAUGGCGCAGCGCACGAGAGGAAAAAAUCCACAACCGCGUGGAAAGAAAUCGAAACGUUUUCAUCACACAAGCGACCAAGUUCGUCACAAACUUGAAGUCAAACGAUGGCAAUUGGAAGAAGAAGAAGGCAAACGCCUGCAAUCCCAGUAUGAAAGUAUCGACCCAGAAAACAUCAACAGUUUUGCUGACUUGCCCCUGUCAGUGAAGACCCAAACUGGGCUGUGCUCAGCCAACUACAGGACGCCAACCGAGAUACAGCGGGCCACCGUAGGGCUGGCCCUGCAGGGCCAUGACAUACUUGGAGCAGCCAAGACGGGGUCGGGCAAGACGCUGGCCUUCCUCAUACCUGUGCUGGAAUGUCUGUAUCGGAGCAGGUGGAGUAGGGUCGAUGGGCUGGGCGCUCUCAUCAUAUCACCUACACGUGAGCUAGCCUACCAGACGUUUGAGGUGCUGUGCAAAGUGGGGAAAAAGCACGACUUCUCGGCCGGUCUCAUCAUCGGGGGCAAGGACUUGAAAAGUGAGAUGGAGAGAAUAUCCCGCACAAACAUAGUGGUGUGUACCCCUGGUAGGUUUCUACAGCAUUUGGACCAGACAGUUUGCUUGGACUGUUCCAACUUGCAGAUACUGGUCCUGGAUGAGGCCGACCGCAUCUUGGAUCUGGGCUUCGAGAAGACCAUGAAUGCCAUCCUGGAGAGCCUCCCCACUGAGCGACAGACGCUGCUCUUCUCUGCAACUCAGACCAAAUCCGUACGGGAUCUGGCCAGACUGAGCUUAAAGGACCCCAAGUACGUGGCCGUCCACCAGCAUCACGAGUACAGCACGCCAGCCCAGUUAGAGCAGAGCUACGUCGUGUGCGAGCUGGACCAGAAGAUGGACCUCUUGUACUCCUUUAUCCGCAAUCACACCCAGCAGAAGAUUCUCGUCUUCAUGGCCAGCUGCAAGCAGGUGAAGUACACUUUUGAAGUGUUCUGCGCCCUGCACCCGGGCAUCACCAUUAUGGCCCUGUACGGCACGCUACAUCAGCUGCGACGGGUGGCCAUCUACAAUGAGUUCUGCCAGAGGGACUAUGCCGUGCUGUUUGCCACCGACAUUGCCGCUAGGGGACUGGACUUCCCAGCUGUCAACUGGGUGGUGCAGUUGGAUUGCCCUGAGGACGCCAGCACUUACAUCCAUCGAGUGGGCCGGACGGCGCGCUACGAGCGGGGAGGCGAGUCCCUGCUCAUCCUGCUCCCCUCCGAGGAGGCGGCGAUGAAAGAGCAGCUGGAGGAACGCAAGAUACCCAUCCAGAAGAUCAACGUCAAUCCCAACCGAAAGCUGAGCAUCCAGAAGAAGUUGAUGUCGCUCUGCGCCGGCAGCCACGAGCUCAAGCAGUCGGCCCAGCGCUGCUUCAUCAACUACGUCAAAUCGGUCUAUCUCAUGAAGAACAAGAGCGUCUUUGAUGUCAACCAACUCCCCCUGGAGAGAUACUCCUUCUCCUUGGGUCUUGCCAUCCCACCUCGAGUCAGGUUCCUCCAGCGAGCCAACAAGAGGAAAGAGGAGCGAGAGAUGCUGAAGAGACGGAAGAGCUCUGAGCAUCUCCAACACCAGGAAGAUGAAAGCCGAGACGCUGAGGUGACCAACAGGAAGGCAGUACCGAUGCAGCACAGGCAAGGUGCCGACUUGGUGAUGGAGGAGGAGCAAGAUGAGACGGGAGGCGGGGAGGAUGGGGGACUAGACGCCCUGGUGGCCAAGCUGAGAUCCACAGUGCCAAACCGGGCCAAAGGGGGAGGCAACAUCAAGCCGAGACGCAGCCAAGGAGAGGAGAGAUUGGAAGAGGCAGAGAUUGAGAGGAUGAAGCGACACCAGGAGGAUGCUAAGAUUGGUCAUGACGAUGAGGAUGCAGAAGAAAGUGAGGAGAGUGAAGAAGUUACAAGGAUGCCAAGUCCGAGUCAAGAAAUUGCUCUUCCUAGAACACAAAGAGUGAUACCAGAGGACAGACUAAGAACUCCCGCCAAGUCUAGCAAGACGAAAAAGGCAACAGAGAGCAUGUCCAGAACAUCCGAGCAGCAAUCAAAUUCUGAAUCAGCCUCCGAAUCAGAAGCAAGCUUGGGAGAGGCCUCCCAAAUGGAGUUCAGGAUGCCUGGAGAGACAGAGACAGAGACAGAGACAAGAGAUGAAGAUGACAAAGAUGAAGAUUUCCUGGUUGUUAAGAAGAAGGAUGUGUUUGGCAUCACCGAGGAAAAACCAAAACAAAGGGAUCCCACAUCAGAAACAAUAGAGGGCGCUAAGCACGUUGGAAACUCAAAAAAGAAGCCACUCACUAGGGUUGCCACGGCGAAGAAACUUCGCCGCAUGAAAAUCGCGGUCAAUACCAAGAAGAUCUUUGACGAGGAAGGGGAGAUUGCCCAGCAGUGGCCUCCGAUUCAGAGCACCGUUGUGCCUGGCGAUGACCAGCCAGCAGAGGGCGGUAUUGACAUUGAGAAGGCCAAGAUGUGGAUGAGGGAGGAGGACCAGCAUGACAAGAGGGCGUUCCGAGAACGCAUCAGGGCCAAGCACAAGGCCGAGAGACUAAAAGCAAAAGAAGAACGCAGGAAAUAUGCAAGGAGACGGAAGGGGGAAGACUCAGACGAUGAGGAUGUUGGUGCGUCACUUGACCUUGGCGAGGACUAUGUGCCCUUUGACCCUGACACGCUGCCCGACCCAGACAAAUAUGCAGACGAGAACGGCGGAACCGACAACGAAGAAAAACAGCCGCAAAAGAAGGUCACGAAGAAGAAAACGAAGAUAGAUAAGAGCUCAGUGGAGACAACCAAGAAGAGAAAAGCCAAGUUGGAGAGGGACGGCCAGAUGACUGUGAAGAAGAAACGAAAACCGGCUGGAAAGGGGGAAGGGCCAAGGGUACGGGAGGAGGCGGAAUCACAAGACACGGGAUUGAUGUUACAAGAUGACGAAGAGCUAGCACUGCAUAUCUUGUCAAGCAGCCAAUUCUGAAGCAGCUAAAGGGAUUCCUCCAAAAUAAGUCCAAAAUACAGAUGAGAAAUAUUAAUGAAAGUUACUUUGGCACAGAAAUGUAUUUUCUUUAAGUAACCAUUUCUUACCAUACCAAAUAGGUUGCCCAUCAUUUCUUCUUGGGGAAGAAAUCGUGUAUCAUUAAGUCUAUAUAUUGUAUUCACUUAAUUUGCAAUUUACGGACAUAAUUAGAGUUAACUUAGAGCUUAAUGUUGUAAGGUUACAUUUCGAAUCAUGAAAUAAAGUCCAGUGCAUUUCAUUGGCUGUGGCUCAUUUAAA